UGAUUUAUCGUAAGUGUUCGACUGUACAUAUUGUUCGGAACAAAUUUACAAGGGAGCGAGUGAUUACGAACGAUAGACGUUUGUAGAUUUUGCUAUGCAGCACGAUCAAACGCUAGUUAUUUUGGGAGUUUUACAUUUGUGCGAAUAAUUGAAUAUUGUUGUUGAUGUCGAGGGAAUACUAGUUUAUUAAGUACGGAGUCCAUCCAUCUGAAUAUCGAUGUCUCCAACCACAGUUGCAGAUUCAACAAAGGACGUGGACGCACGAAAGUUAGCUCAGAGAAAGACUAACAAGCCGCUGAUCGAAAAGCGUCGCCGGGCUCGGAUCAACGACUGCUUGACUCAGCUGAAGACCAUAGUGCUUGGCUCCAGCGAACAACAAGCCGGUCGCACAUCCAAGUUGGAGAAGGCGGACAUUCUGGAAAUGACAGUGGAGUUCGUGAAAUCACGAUUGAACAAAACUACGGGCUCCAUGGUACCUAACUCUCUUCAAUCAAGUGACACGUCAAUCAAGUGUGAUGCCACGUAUGUUGCCGGCUACUCGGAAUGCCUCUCCGAGAUCUCCCGGUUUCUAGAACAAACUCUUUCAAAUAAUACCACCUUAAAAGAAAAACUAGAACGUCAUAUUUGUGAUAAAUUAAAUUCGAAUAGUGUUACCAAUCUUUCUGAUGCGCACUCUAAGAGCAAUAACGAAGUCUGUCACACAUCACAAGAACAUUCCGUGUCAUCUGACUGCGAUGAAGUGAAUGAUUUUAGGACAAAUGGAUCACAUGUAUCAAAUGAGAAAAACACAGAGGAGCUGAUAGGUUCAAACGGCUUGCCGACUCACACUAAAACCACCGAUCAACAGGUAACUGCAACAGGACAAGAUUGGCAGUAUGGGCAGCCUUUGGGAUGGCUGUAUGGGAAUCAGGUGGUGUUGAUACCACUUCCGUCUCCAUUUUUCGAGCAUAUCAAACAACAUCAAACCUUCAGACAAAUCCUACCCCUAUCUAACAACGCAUGUUUUCCAGGAAAUUCUCAAAGAAUGUCAACGUUUCCAACACAAAGUACCCUAUCUCCGACAAUCGUGUGCUCAGAACGCGCCAAUGAGGUUUUGGCGUUUUCAACACCAAAUGCUCAACAUCAAGAUAUGAAUAACUUGGACUUGACCCAAUGUGUCGCAGUGUGUUCAACCCCAAACGGACCAUCUGACAGAACCAGUACCCCACCACUUGCACAAGGAUUUGUUUGUUCUACAAUUGCUCCAGUUUGUUUGACCUUGCAACCUCACACUGCGCAUACGAUUUGCGCGGAUACGAUACCUUACUGGCGACCAUGGUGAUCAUAUUGUUUAUGCGUGUUUGUGUCUGAACAUUCUGUGAUAGGAUCUGAUAUGAAAUAUAUAUUGAUUUUGAUAUUUUGAUAUAAAGCAAACAUUUUGCUAAAACAUUUUGCUAUAAAGUUUGUAUUUAUUAAUAAAGCUAACCAGACUCAA